UUCUUCUUCUUAAUUAUCAUCAUAUGGGGCAUGUCUGGCAAGUGCUUUUAGUAUUUAAACCUUAGCCUUUAAAAGAGCUUUAUACUAUCCGUGUUCAUUCUCAGUACUGUGAUUAUCACCAAGUCACCACUUCAGCAUCUCAUUCUUCACCUACGAAAACUAUGCCACACAUCAUCCUUCUAGGCACGCUUGAUACCAAGCUUUCUGAGAUCCUUUAUCUUCACGAUCAAUUGAAGGAAACCGCGGCCCGCCUUGCUAGUCCUCUCCAGAUUUCGCUCAUUGACUGCGGGCGUCAGGCUGUCAACAAUCCUGCCAUCACCGUGAGCCAUACUGAUCUGAUUGCGAAAUAUGCAAGUGGUUCCCGCACACAAUUACUGGGGCUACCCCGAGGGCAGGUCAUCGAAUUUAUGAUCGACUGUGUCAGUCGGUGUGUGGAGGAUUUGACGCGCACAGAUGAAAUCCACGGCAUCAUCGGCGCGGGCGGCAGCGGGGGAACCAGCCUGAUAUCGGCCGUCAUGAGGAAAGCCGCACCGAUUGGGCUCCCCAAACUGAUCGUUAGCACAAUCGCAUCAGGAGAUACCGGGCCCGUAGUCGGAGAAUGCGACAUUAGCAUGAUGUAUUCGGUUGUGGAUAUCGCCGGUAUGAAUCAGCUACUGGGGAAAGUGUUGGGGAAUGCUGCCGGAGCCAUGGUUGGUAUGGCAUCGGCUUAUGAACACCGGUUGAGACAUGCAACCCCGGCGGAAGGAAAUGAUGGCAAGUUGAUGAAGAGAAAGACGCGGGUGGGAAUAACAAUGUUUGGAGUAACAACCCCGUGUGUGGAUCGUAUUCGACACCAUCUGGAAGAGAAAUACUCGGUGGAAGUCUACGUAUUUCAUGCCACUGGCCAUGGAGGGAUGGCCAUGGAACGGUUAGUUGAAGAAGGGCAUCUGGACGCAAUCUUGGAUAUCACCACCACUGAAAUCUGUGAUCUUGUGGCGGGGGGGAAUAUGCGUUGCGACAGGAACCGGCUUGAAGCCACGCUCAAGCGGGGCAUUCCUAACAUCAUUUCCGUUGGAGCUACCGAUAUGGUGAAUUUCGGGCCGGUCGAAGCUGUCCCAGCUCAGUACCGAGGUCGGAAAUUGAUGGUCCAUAAUCCUACUGUCACCUUGAUGAGGACCUCGCCAGCCGAGUGCCAGCAGGUUGGAGAUUUCAUCCUGGACAAACUCCACACCUUCACUCAAAAUCCUGAGAUGGUAGAGGUCUGGCUUCCCAGGGGUGGGGUUAGUCUUGUAAGCACUGCGGGAUCAACGUUCAUGGAUGCCGAAGCGGACGGAAUCCUUGCCAAUACUUUAAGCUCGGGAUUGAAGGGCCGUGGGAUUCGAGUAGUUUCGGACGAGAGGGACAUUAAUGACGGUGGAUUUGCUGUUGCAAUCGCAGAGAGCCUGAUGACGCUGGUGAAAAAACACCGGGCUGAACAAUAGGAUAUGUAUCCACCUAGAACAGAGCUUGUGUCAGGUCUACUAGUAUAAUUAUGAACUCAAGCCCAUUUGAUGACAAGAU